UUUUUUAAUUUUUUUCCUCCCCUUUCUUACUCCCGCCCCUCUUCUUCCCCCGCCUGCCACGUACUGGGCCCGACUUCUCGCUAGGCUCGGUGGGUCUGUGUGAUUGGCCCGGGCCGCGCGAGGCGACGAGCAAGGUGCGGCGGCCUUAGAGGGCAAACGAGUGGGCCGUGGCCGUAGCCUGCCUGCGCCCGACGCCCGAGGCCCCGGCGGCGGCUUUUUUCCUCAGCCCGGUGCCUGGAGGUCGGCGGAGAGAGGCGGUAGAGGCUUCCUCAGCCCGCCGUCUUUUCUAGAGUUGUGUAUAUAAACCAUCCUGGAGUCCACCAUGAAUGGACAGUUGGAUCUAAGUGGGAAACUAAUCAUUAAAGCUCAACUUGGAGAGGAUAUUCGACGAAUUCCCAUUCACAAUGAAGAUAUUACUUAUGAUGAAUUAGUGCUAAUGAUGCAACGAGUAUUCAGGGGCAAACUUCUGAGUAAUGAUGAAGUCACAAUAAAGUAUAAGGAUGAAGAUGGAGAUCUCAUAACAAUUUUUGAUAGUUCUGACCUUUCCUUUGCAAUUCAGUGUAGUAGGAUACUGAAACUAACACUAUUUGUUAAUGGCCAGCCAAGACCCCUUGAAUCGAGUCAGGUGAAAUAUCUCCGCCGAGAACUGAUAGAACUUCGAAAUAAAGUGAAUCGCCUAUUGGAUAGCUUGGAACCACCCGGAGAACCAGGACCUGCCACUAGUAUUCCUGAGAAUGAUGCUGUGGAUGGUAGGGAAGAAAAGCCUGCUGCUUCUGAUUCUUCUGGAAAACAGUCUACUCAAGUUAUGGCAGCAAGUAUGUCAGCUUUUGAUCCUUUAAAAAACCAAGAUGAAAUCAAUAAAAAUGUCAUGUCAGCAUUUGGCUUAACAGAUGAUCAGGUUUCAGGGCCACCCAGUGCUCCUGCAGAAGACCGUUCAGGAACACCUGAUAGCAUUGCUUCCUCCUCGUCUGCAGCUCACCCACCUGGAAUUCAGCCACAGCAGCAACCGUAUACAGGAGUUCAGACACAAGCAGGUCAGAGUGAAGGCCAGGUGUAUCAGCAGUAUCCACAGCAGGCUGGCUACAGUGCUCAGCAGCCGCAGGGACCGCCUCAGCCACAGCAGCAGUAUGGUAUCCAGUAUUCAGCAGGCUAUAAUCAGCAAACUGGACCCCAACAACCUCAGCAGUUCCAGGGAUAUGGUCAGCAACCAACUUCUCAGGCACCGACUCCUGCCUUUUCGGGUCAGCCUCAACAACUGCCUGCUCAGCCACCACAGCAGUACCAGGCGGGCAACUAUCCCCCCCAGACUUACACCACCCAGCCCUCUCAGCCUACUAAUUAUACUGUGCCCCCUGCCUCACAACCUGGAAUGGCUCCAAGCCAGCCUGGGGCCUAUCAGCCCAGACCAGGUUUUACACCACCUCCUGGAAGUAGUACCAUGACCCCUCCUCCAAGUGGGCCUAACCCUUAUGCGCGUAAUCGGCCUCCCUUUGGUCAGGGCUAUACUCAACCUGGACCUGGUUAUCGAUAAAUAGGUUCAGCUACACUGACAAAUGUAGCUGCUAGCCAUUUGCCUCCGAAAAGACUCCAAUACUAUUUUAUUUUAAUUUGUAUUGAAGUUCUGAAAUUUAAAAGGCAGAGCAUUUUUUUUUUAUAUCAUUGUUGCUGUUAAUUGAAAGCAUAAUUUGCUGGAACUCAAAAAAAGACCAAAAAGAUUUUUCUUCCCCGGCUUAAGUAUAGCAGCUUCCUAGUUAUUUUGGAACACUACUCUUACAUGUGUGUAAAGUGAUUGACUUUCUAGCUUGCCUUGUUCAGAGGAUAUUAAAAUGCUAGGUUGAAAUUUAGCCAUCUUGGCUUUUUACUAUUAACAUGAUGUACUAAAAUAGACCCUUUUGAGAAGACAGCUAGAUGUAUAAAAUGUAACAUUGACAGGUUAAUAAACAUGAUUGAAUCCA